AUGGGGGCCAAGCAGACCAAAGGCCAGGAGCCCGCGGGGGCCAGUCCCCAACACAGCUGGAAACGGACCCCCACCAAGGAGAGAGGGGGGGACAUCUUGGCCUCCCUGAUGCUAAAGUCUGGAGACCGGCUGAACCGCGGCGGGACGCCACCUCCUCCGUACCAGCGCCGCAUCGGGAUGAUCCAGGAGAUGAUGAUGAUGGCCAAGCAGGGGAAGCAGGACGAAGCCACAGAGAUGCUGAAGACGCUCAGACAGGACCUGGGCAUGGAGUCGACCUCUCUGGACGACGUGCUCUAUCGCUACGCCAGCUUCCGGAACCUGCCUGGCCCGAUACGUCCACUGCCCCAAGACGGAAGGAGAUUCUCUGGGAGCGAUGGAGAAGGUCUGCCGUCAGCUGACCUACCAUCUCAGCCCCCACUCUCAGUGGAGGAGACACGGGCUGCUCAGGAGGAAACCUCAGGCCUGGAUCCCAGCAGUUUUCCCAGUGUGACCUGGAUCGACCUGGGGAACAACGUGGACAUCUUCUCCCUGCCUCAGCCCUUCCUGGUCAGCCUGAGGAAGCGCUGCCCCAAGCAGGGAAACCUGCCCACCAUCCUGGAGUUCGGUGAGAGUCAGGCCAGCGAGCCGCCCGAAAGGCCGAGGGGCCUCGGGGAGGAUGAGGAGACGGACGACACCAACCUGACGGAGAGCCUGGGAGAACUCCGAUCAGAGGUGGAGGGGGAGAUGGACGGAGAGACGGAGAUCGAGGAGAUGAUGGAGGAGCUGCUGGACUUUGAUCGGGAAAUCCAGGGCAAGGAGGACGAGGAGGAGAGCAUGUGGACGUUAGGGGAGCAGAGGAGAGCGACGGUGAGGAGCAGGAGAGCGCAGCAGGAGGAGGAGGAGGAGGAGGAAAACAUCAGGAAGGAACAGAGGAGACGACCUAGAAGGAAGGCGGUGAUGGCGGAGGAUGAGGACGACACCCAGAGCCGCUCGUCACACAUGUCCUUCUCCAGCCAGUCCCAGCACUCCUUAGCUGCAGCCGAGCCAAUCAGGGUGGAGGAGGAGGACCUGACGGACCAAUCAGAGCCCUUAACCUGAGCAGUGCUCCCACCUCUGCUUGUGUUUUCCUUCUUGUGUCCCGUCCUGAGUGGACAGAGGCAGUGGGGGCCUGUGGGUCCCUGCAGGCUGCAGCGUUAGCAUGCUAACCCCCCCAUGAGGCUCCUGUGAGCAGAAUGUUCCUCAGUCAGGUCCUUCCUUGUUUUAAUGCUAAUGCCUACAUGUGCCUGUAGCACCUCAGCUCAGAGCAGGGGUCAAAGUUCAGAAGACAGACGUUCCAUUCAGAGGGAGCGAAUAAGGAAAACAUGGAGUUAAUCGCUGCCUUCAAGCAAGCAUCAAACAGAAACACGCCUUUAUGCUCAUAGUUCAGCUCACGCUCCACUUCCUGUUACCGUGGCGCCGUGUUUAUAUCUACCCCCUCCCCCACUGUCCCUAUGGAGGUAGCAGUAUGUAGCUCCACCCUGCUUCCCUCAGCGCCUCUCAUCAUGCAAAGCUUUAAUAGAUUAAAUGUAUUUCUGGUUCUGCUGUAAAUAGGAAAAUUAUCUACGGCGUAUUUAAGCAUUGGCUGUUUGAAGGAGAUACCGGGUAGCUUAGUUAGUAACUUAUGAUAACCAGGAGAUUAUAUUUAGUAUUAAUCUGGAUCAGAUGAACCAGACUGCUGCUUAUUUAAUGGUAUUUAUUGGUCCCUUCAUCCAAGCUUCAUCCAAAGGCAGCAGAUGAAUGAAGUCAGUCGAUGCCUGGUUGAGCCUCCAUGGAGGCCCCUCUGUGUGACGGAGCAGGUAACCUGCUGGUAAUGAGGACAGUUAGGAAGGCCGCCCAUCGGUUCAGCUUUAAAAGGAUCAUUUCUCCUCUUCAUCUUCCUCCUUCUUCUUCUUUUUCCAUGAGAUUUCAUUAUAGAAUAACAGAAAUCAGUGAUUUUUAUGUUCAAAUGUUCCAAUGUUGGAUUUAAAGGAAAAGUCGCUCA